AAGAGAAUUAAUUUAUGCGGAAGUUGUCCAACUGGCUGAGCAAAUUUGCCCGGAAAAUUCAGAAAAUGAUGAACUUUUUGAUGAAAUUUCACAAUUAAAUAAAACUCUGAAUGGCAUUAAUAAUGAAGGUUUUUAUCUCAAGACAACAGAGCAAAAAUGGAAAAUGAUUUUUGAUGUUCCUGGAGCUACAAUAAAAUACAAAAACUUGUACCGGAUAAUCGGUGUCGCUAUUUCGAUUCCAGUUUCAAAUGCAUUUAUAGAACGCAUCUUCUCAAUGGCAAGCAUUCAAUGGACUAAAGAAAGAAAUUCGCUUGAGGUUAAACUGUCAGGGCUUUACUUCUUGUGUCGGCGAAUUUUGACAUGUCAUGCAUUGAAAUGCACAAAAUGCUCAGCGGAAACAAGAAAUUAUUAG